CUUAUAUAAUGGCACUCUUGUUAUCGCCAUAGACUAUUUUAGCUGUUGACGUCGGUUAGUACCGUCCUCUAAAGCAACCUUUCGGAUACAGCUUUAGUUGCCAGACAUACAUGCUCGCUGUGCUCUACAUAAUUAACAACGUGCCUGGCAUAUAGGUCAUGGGACCUCUUACUAAGAAGGUGCGCCGAUGUACCUGCUGGCGCUUAUAAGUAUCGGCGUGUUCUGUAAUAGAUGCAUAGUAUGCAGUAGUUAUAUCAUUUAAGUAAGUCAACAAGUCGUUAGGCAAACUAGCCAAGAAGCCCUGACCCACUUAUUGCCUGCGUGGGCGGCCAUCGCUAAAAUGCAGGACCUCCUUCAAGACACUACCGCUGACGACAACUGCCCAACCUGCAACACGCCUCCAUACAUGCAAUGACAUGGUGACUAUUUAGGGUUGUGCAUAUGUAUGGGUCAGCCCUAGUGGCUCGCCCUAAACGGCAGGCACUCCGUCGCAAUUGACGGCUCAUCCGCGCGGUAGAUGGGGACUACCACGGCUGGACUUCUUAUGAACAACAACCCAUUAUAUCCGCGGAAGCGUCAUCGGCAAUCCGCACCAGUUCCUAUACAGACGUACCGACUGUUAGGGCCAUGGAGACGGCGCGUUGUGUUCCUGCUGUUGCUCCUAGCAACGAUGGAGAGCUGUACAAUGUCAGCUAAUGCCACAAGUUGUGCAGAAAUCACGGGCUUCACCCCUACCCCGGACGUCGAGCACAAGUACGAUGACCUUUACUAUAGACCUGGCCUGACCUUAGCGUCCCUGGCAGCUAUUUGCCAGGCGGACCCUGAUUGCAAGGGUUUCAACAGCCUUGGCUACAUAAAAAAAACUGUGUCACCAACUACUCCAGCUACAGGCAUGUGCCUGUACGUCCGAGUCCUUACACCCUCGCCACCGCCGGCACAGCCUCCAAAUCCGUCGCCACAUCCCAGCCCACCAUCACCCCAGCCACCUCCGCCACCCCAGCCACCACGUCCACCAUCCCUGCCACCCGUGCCACCCGUGCCACCCUUGCCACCCGUGCCACCCUUGCCACCACCAUCGCCGCGCCCGCCACUCCCACCACCCCUCCCACCCCUACCUCCGCCCUCUCCACCCUUCCCACCGCAGCCACCAAAACCACCCCCAACACCCCCACCCCAACCGCCAACACCACCCCCAACACCUCCUUCUCCACCUGCACCACCACCGGCGCCCCCUCGUCCACCACGACCGCCGCCAGACGCCCCCAAGCUACCACCUGCUCCACCUCCUCUACCGCCGCCCGUACCACCACAACCGUCGCCACCCCCACCCCAGCCAUUGCCCCCCCCUCCCCCAGCACCGCCGCCCCCACCUAAGCUGCCGCCACAGCCGCGACCGAUGCCACCUCUCCCACCAACUCCUCCACCCAAUCGUCCUCGACCUCCGCCAAUAUGGUGUCAAGCAGUUGCCGGUUACAAUGCCGCAUACGAUGUUGACAUUGAUGGCGCCGAACUUUACAUCAGAGCUGACAUGGCUCUGUCAGACUUGGCUCUGCUGUGCGAUGCGGAUAAGGACUGCCAAAGCUUUAACAGCUUGGGCGUACUAAGGAAGACAGUGUCACCUACAACGGUAUCGUACGGGUUGUGUACGUACUUCAGAGGUUGCCAGUACUGGGGAGGAUACACUUCGUUGUAUAAUGCGGACAAGCACGACUGCAAAUACACAGCAGGUCUUAUUUCGCAGGCCUCUAACUACAAUGAUUGCUUGCAGCCGGACUACUUUCCCGAUUACUAUGCCUGCUUAAUAUGGGGCAGCUAUGGCGACGGGCCAUACACUUUAUAUACGAUCUCCAACGUGCUCAACCUACAGAACAGCACGUCCUUGAGGCUCUUCAUCACUGCCAGUGGCCAGGCCGAUGUAAUUUUAGAUGGCACAUUUAUCACAACUGUUGGAGGUGGCGACUGGGGAUCCCUCAAAAACGUCUCCCAGACACCUAUCCUGUUGUCACUGGAAGCAGGUCGCCAUAUGCUCAGUCUGCGCUGCUCUAAUCACACAAACGGCAACUUCGCCCCCGCCGGGAUAGUGGUAUCCGUAGUGGAUGCCCAGACUGGACACGUCUUAUUGCGUUCGAACAGAUACUGGAGCGUCCGUACAGAACCUCUUGCUUAUGCUGUGUCGCUUGGCCCACCCUUGGGUGCGGACUUCCGAGACAAGGCAGCUUCGUGGAUAUGGUCGCCCGCUGAAGCCGCAACACUUGCUAUCGGGGACCGCGCCGCCUUUGUGUUUUCCAAAUACUUCCGGAUUGACUUCCUCACCUCGGCGAUCAUGGCGGUUCUUUCGGCAGGCCGUGAUGCUCAAAUACUACUUGACGGCAAGCAAUUGGCAACUGUUUCAGCCCUGCGGCAAGUUGAGACCACAUUGGACCUUGUUAUUUCACCUGGACACCACAUAAUCACUGUGGUAUGCUACAAGGACAUGUUAAGUGCCUCCCUAGUGGGAUCGAGUGCCAGUUUUCAAUCAGCUACAACAGGGUUCCUCGCCACCUUAAUUGACAAGACGUCUAGCAAAACAAUUUUAAGGACAGACAACUCUUGGACGUCUGCGUACAGCUACCUUGCACCCACUGCAUGCACCGAUCUUGACGGCUACAAGAAAAUACCUGACGCAGAGCAUGAUGGCGACGACAUCGGCACGCUUGGAAGUGUUGGCAUCAAGGAGAUAGCGGUUACUUGCAGUACGAACCCUAGUUGUGCAGGCUUCAAUGCGCGUGGCUGGUACAAAAGCAGGGUGAUGCCUUGGCAUUACCAACGCGGUUGCAUGUAUGUCAAACUUCGUAGUAAUGUCACAGCACCGCCGCCUUCCAAACCCAUGUCAUCAUCAUCGUCAAAGAAGUCACGUACCAAUGCCAUUAUAGGUGGUGUUGUUGGUGGAGUUGGCGGUUCCGUGCUCCUUGUUGUCUUGGUAUACUGCGUUUGUGCUGGUCAAAGGGACAAGAGGGUAUCACCAUACCCUAUAUAGACCGGGGUAACGGAGGGAAUACCCGGGGCCUGACGGAGUAACUAAAGGGGUAGGCAGCGGAGCUAGGAGUGGUGUGACAGGGUGCAGUUGCAGUAUCGUAGGUGCGUGGAGGGGCGUCAUUAGCUCAUUACAGCGUUUUCACGGUGACUUAUACGGCAACAUGUUUUAUUUCCGGUCAGUCUUGUAGAUGCACUUCAUUAAUUUGUUGCUUGUGGCAAAUAGAUGGCCACAGGUUGUGGGCAUGCAUGUGACUCGCAUAGCUAAGGAGCUAGUUUGGUGGGACCGGCCGGGUACCGUUCUUGGUUGCUUUAAAUCAGGCAACGAGUACACAUAUCUAGUACACCCCCGCUGCAAUGUAUGGAGGUGCCUUGCUUUGCAAUCAUAACCUCUUCAUAUCCAAUGGCCGUUUGUUGGCGAGGUGGGCUGCUGUUGGCGUUGCCCGUGUUUACACAUGGCUCCGAGAACUGAACUGAGCGAGUGAGUAACCGCCGUUACAGUAAGUAAACCGCCGUGGGCGCAGUGCGACGCACUUACAAGCAACAAGUACGGAGGGUCUUCCUCGGACUUGUUGCUUACGUUGUUCACUUGCCCUUGAUUUAUGUCGGAGCAGCUUCAGAGGGGUGGGUUAUCCCAACCGCAUUGGGCCCUUGUGAGGCGCCUGGAGCUUGUGCUGGAUGGCUGAAAAGUAAGCUUGUCUGAGCUGGAAAUGGUGCCCUUUCUUAGCAGCAUUCCUCGUGGCCUUCACGGCCUGGUUGCCGUGCGGGAUGUCAGCGUACCGUCGGGCAACUGGAUGGGUGGCUGGAGCUUGGCCGCUUCAUGGCAGGGGCUAUGCGGAAAUGUUUACGGCGUUUACGCCCAUCCAGACGAUUAUGAGAGCUAUCCAGUCGCGGUCACAGCCUUAAUUAGUAUUUUUGGCCUGGCCUUGGUUCAAGGCGCUCCGCCAGGACGCGGCUUGGAAGCAGGGGGAUAGCCUUAGUGAUACCUCCGGGUUUAAGGUGCUUGAUGUUUGGCCUGCCCUUAAUUCCACGCGCUCCGCUAGGCCGCAGCUUGGAGGCAAGGGAACAGCCAUAGUGAUAUCCCGGGCGUAAGGUUCUCGCUUUUUGCCUUUUGGGAACAGGGUUCAAGACUCAAAAUGGAGACGUACAACCCCGCCCUUUGCAAUAUGAGCAUUGCGGUACCCCGCCGCCAAGCAGUGAAGCGUUUUGUCCCUGUCCCAUGCAAGAGUGCUCGUACUCCCCGUCGGGAGUGUUAGGUCGUACAGGGCCCCAUGCCUAGAGCGUGCUGUGUUCGAUGGGACGCCAUGAAACAUCUUUCCAGUAAGGCUAUGCCUAAACGAUAAUACUGGUUUCCAAAUAAAGCCUUUUUAAAGCUAAAUGUUGCGUUUGCCCCUGAUAUCCAUCCAGCAGAAACGUUUGCUCUAGGAAUGGUAAACACAG